AGUGGAACAAAAAUCAAUUUUCUAGCAACCACAAUAACGUCAUAUGAUCACAAGUGCAAAUUCGGAGGGCAGAUAACUUCACUGGACGACAAGAUGUUGCGGCCGAUUUACGUUUUAUUUGCGCUGUUUGCAGCAGCAAACUGUGAUCAACUGUCCGUGCUGUAUUCGCCCAAGGCGGUAGAGUUCAGUGGCAACAGCCGGUUGGAUGCGGAAUCGCUGCCGGAAGUGUUCGGAGCUGCCCUCGGCUACUCCGUCAGCCAGCCGACGGAAUGGGACGGCAUGGUGAUUAAGGAUCCGUUCAGCACUGCCAACGGUGCCGUCGUGGUGGUGGCGGAAGGUCUCGAAUCCGUUGCGGUGGAGGGUGCCAAGAACUACCAGCUGGACGGUAACACCGGCUCCGUUGCGCUGAGCGAGCUGAUCCAGAAGUCGGCCGACCAUCAGGGCGUCAGCUUCGAGGUCGACCUGAAGGAAUCGUCCGACAGCUUCAACACCCCGCUCGGCACGGUUCAGCCGGACGACGAGGAGGUGAAGCCGCAGCACCUGAAGCCAAAAUCGAACAAAGCCGACUCGGACUUCCUGCGCCAGCUCGCGUUUCUGAACGGGCUGAGCGAUCUGCUCGUCACGUCUACCGAUCGCAUCCCGACCGUGCACAUCGUGCGCGUAUCGUUCGAAGCCCUUCUGGCCGCGCACGAACCCAACUCGCCCGCCCUGGAAGAGGCCAAGAAGCUGUUCGUGAACGCGCUCGCCGGGCUGGAGACGGCAUCGGAGAAGGCGUUCGACGGUGCGGUCAUCGUUGGCCUAGUGACGGCUAGCGAGGGGCAGCUGGUGGUGCGCUCGAAGCGUCAGGCCGGGGCGCCGAAACAGGCCGAAACAGAUGAUCAAAACCCGAUGAACCUGGCCACCAAGUACAACAGCAACUAUCCGGUGAUUUUCAACAUCAUUCUGUGGUUCAGCGUUGUGCUAGUGUUUUCGCUGCUCGCCAUCUCAAUUGUGAUCGGCACGAUGGAUCCGGGCCGCGAUUCCAUCAUCUACCGCAUGACGUCGACCAGAAUGAAGAAGGAAAACUAAAUCCACACACCGUCCGCUUCACUUCCACUCUACUUCUGGUAGGCCAUGAAGCGUUUCCAGCGCGCGUAGAUAAAUUACCGUACCGUCGCUCUGUGACUCUGUGCACCCGAUCACCUUAAGCAUUACCAUCCUGUUUGAGCGGAGUGAAUCGAUCGCACAUAAUUUGGAAAGUAUUACCACAUCACUGCGGCCCAACAAGACACAGAGCGUUUGCUGUUAGCGAGCACAGAGUAAAGAGUUAAGACCAACCCCCAUAUCUGCUGGGACGAAUCCGGAAUGCACAUUAAAACAGGAAGCUUAAGUCAUCAUUAUCAUUAUCAUCAUCCAACGGACACACAAAGACUCUUCUUUUUUCGUCGUAAAACCAUCCCCCCGCGUCCGUCUACCAUCCUGGGCGCAUACCGUUUGUCGUCAAGUACAUUACGUUCCCGUGGGCCGAUGAUUGGAAUCAAUAUCGGGACAAAGCGUGCAAGAGAGUCCUGGCUGCACAGUUACUCAUCAUCGUCGCAGUGAAUCAUCGCUCAACGUUCUAUUCCCCCCCCACGAGAAGCUAUUGCUACCUUGGUUUCUGCCCAUUGCGAUGUGUCGCCCGCCGCUCCGUUUGCGUGUUGAGGAUCUAGCAACCAACCAACAACAGAUCACGCGCAAUCAAUCCCUUUGUUUUCACUUGUUGUUGUUUAUUUGAGUUUCGAUGGUCAGGUGUAGAAAAUAAAUAAGGAUAACAUUCCAGGA